CUGAGUUUUCAUAGUCUCUUUAAAAUGUUGUGGAGCAAUGAGAUUGAUAAAAUGGGGUUUGUUCACAGCCAAAAGGACUGAGAAGAUUAUCUUCACAACAGAUUGAUGGUUGUGUUUUUCUCUCUUCUCUUGCAAAAAAUUCUUAUAUUGUUCAGCAAAAAACUUGCCGAACUUGGUUCAAUGGUCGAGUUUUACCUCAAUUUGAUCUCUUCUAAUGGUGGUCUCUUUAUGCUUUUCAGAAAUUUCUAUCAAGGGAAGGUGGAAAUCUCAAAACCAAAAUCAGAGAAAUUCAUGUCAUUCAUUGGACAAAUUAACACAAGAGUGGAACUUGACAGCAGCAUCAAGCCAGGAGAUUGCAGAUAUUUUUCUUCACUCACUGUCAUGGCCUCAAAGCUUUCCUAUGAGAAUCAUGCCUUUGUUAAAACCAUAGUCCAAGAUUACUGGAAGAUGGAAUUGAUCGGAUUCUAUAAUUUCUGGAAUGAUUUUCAAGAGAAGCACACGACAAAUGCAUUCAUCCUUCAAGAUAAAACAUCCAACCCAAGCAUCAUCCUCGUCGUCUUCAGAGGAACAGAAAUGUUUGACGCAAAUGCAUGGUGUACAGACAUCGACCUAUCAUGGUACGAGUUACCCGAGAAGGGUAAAAUCCAUGGUGGUUUUAUCAAAGCUCUUGGCUUGCAAAGGAAAACCGGUUGGCCCAAGGAUAUAAAACCUGACCCGGACCGACCGGUGGCUUAUUAUUUCAUAAGGGAGCAGCUAAAGGAGUUGUUACGGCUGAACCACGGUGCCAAGUUCAUCAUCACCGGCCAUAGCCUAGGUGGUGCUCUUGCCGCUUUGUUUCCUUCCGUUCUUGCCUUACAUGAAGAAACACGGCUUCUAAACAGGUACUUCAGAUUUGUUUAUAGUAAUGACAUAGUGACUCGAUUGCCAACAAAUGAUCCAAAUUUCAUAUUCAAACACUUUGGUACUUGCCUCUACUUUAACAGUUGCUACAAAGGAAAGGACAAGUUGCAAAUAUAG